AUGGUUCAGCUUCCCAAUCUCCCGACGGAGAUCCUUGACAAGAUCCUCUCCAACAUUGGCCCGUUUGACAACAACAAGCUGAAAGAAACAGCAGACGUGGUUAAGCGUUUUGAUGAUUACCGCGCCUCCUUGAAAUCCCUGGCCGGCCUGUGUCGCGUUUGCAAGGCCCUACGACGUGUAGCCCAGCCGAUUCUCUAUCGACUCCCCCUAGCCUAUGACGAUGGCCUUGUCUCCCUAACUCGCACACUGGCAACACGAGAGGAGUUGAAGGAAAAGGUGCAAGGCUUGGUCGUAAAGUUUGCACCCAAUACCAAAGAAAAGCAGGAUAUGGUCAUUGCACCAGAUGACCAGGACCUUUUCAACAACUUAAUUGCAAAAUACCCAACAAGAGCAAACGGGGAGCUGAUCGAUAUUCCCUCCACGUGGGCCACUGGAGAAAAAGACCCGAAGGAUGGGUUCGCCUGCAAUCCCAAGCUUAUUCUGGCUGCCUUGAUUCUUACGCAAAUUCCCAACGUGGAACGCAUCUCGAUGGACAUGGGUUCGGAUGCCGAUUUUCCAUUCUCCCAACCCGGAUCUCUGCCACGUCUUGUCGAGCUUAACGCCCAUUAUUCGGGCAAAUUCUGCCUCGACAUGAUGGCUCUUGAUGGUGUGCUGAAGGCGGCUCCCACUCUGAAGACGCUCAACGCGGUGAAUGUUUAUAUGGUGGAGGAAUCGAAAGGCCUCUCUCACGACAGCCUCACGACUCUGAACCUCACCGAUCCCGCUCUCGAUGUGGGAAGCUUUAGGAAACUCAUGGAGGGCUUCCCGAAGCUGGAGUUUCUCUUGCUUCACCCCUCCCAUUCUUGCGUAGUAUCACACGAGGCCGCAUUGUCGGCAUACCAGAUUCUGCGGACCCUGCCCAUUCGAUCAGAUACCCUACGUCAUGUCAACCUCCUCAUCCGGCCGAUGGAAUGGGAGGGCGGCUUGUACGAGGCCCCCAUACCUAGCCUCAAAGGAAUGACGUUGCUGGAAACCUUGUACAUCGACUUUGCGAAUCUGUAUCCGGACGAGGACAAGACGGGGUUGGUAGAGUUUCUGCCGCCCUCGAUCCGGAGCUACGAGCAAGACUACUGCCACCCAGAGCUUAUGCCCGUGAUGCUCUCCUUGGCUGAGAAUGCGCCUGACAAGUUUCCGAAUCUGAAAAAGGUUAGCUUUGGGAAGUUUUACGAUGACGACGAAGAUUCGUCUCCUGUAGUUGAGAGGGCUUUUGGAAAAAGGGGUAUCGAGUGUGUUUUCGAAACUGAUGUCAAGAAGGUUUUGGAAGUGAGGUAG